AUGUAUGAAAAUGAGCAAUUAAUAUUAACAAAUCAUGAACUUGUAGAAUUAUUUACAGAAGAUUUAGGAAGUCAUUUUGAUAAAGUAACAGAUGAAAUUGAUAUAAUAACAAUAAUACUUUCAAUACAAUUGCAAUUAAAACAAAUUUGUCGAAAUCAAAUACGUAAACGUCUUUAUUCUUCUCAAAUAGGUGAUCUUAAUCGACAAACACUUCAACAUUUUGUUCUUCCAUAA